CUCGGCGUCAGCACCGACUGACCCUCGCACCGUCAGCGGCGGCACGGCUAAAUCAGCCGCUCUCUUCGUUUAGCCCCACACCCCGGUCAGAUCCGUAGCCAUGAAUCCGGCCUUUUCGACCUUCUUCUGUCUAGGUUUACACGCGCUGUUAGUCUGCUUUGGGAUAGAGGCUUCAAUGGAGGAGGAUACAGAUUUCUGGCCUCAUGUGGAGAACCACACGAGGCUGAGGGAUGACACAAGCCGCAAGUAUGUGCGCCUGUACCAGCUUUACAGUCGGACAAGUGGCAAACACUUACAGGUCCUGGGAAGGAGAAUAAGUGCCAAGGGCGAGGAUGGCAACAAGUAUGCCCAGCUCCUCGUGGAAACAGACACAUUUGGUAGCCAGGUGAGGAUCAAGGGCAAGGAGACCGAACAUUACCUAUGCAUGAACAAGAAAGGGAAGCUGGUGGGUAAGCUCAGUGGGAGAAGCAAGGAGUGCGUCUUCAUCGAGAUUGUGCUGGAAAACAACUACACAGCUCUGAUGUCUGCCAAGUACUCAGGCUGGUACGUGGGCUUCACCAAAAAAGGGAGACCCAGAAAAGGACCCAAAACCCAGCAAAACCAGCAAGAGGUGCACUUCAUGAAGAGAUACCCCAAGACCCAGGGAGAGACCCAGGCUCCUUUUAAAUUCACUACAGUUAAUAAAAGAACUAAACGAAUACGAUCUUCAAAUUCCAGUUAG